AUGUUCUCAAAGCAAAGCACCAGUGAUGACGAAGACGACGUUGAAGAUGUACUUUUUCUACCAAAGACUCCUUCCUUGGAGCAGCCGACGUUUGCAUCAAACCACGUCCCAGAUUCGACUGCCAGCUCCCAACGGAAGCUCCGCAUGCGACUUACCGUUGUUCUCUUCGCUAUUGUUCUUGCCUUCGAAACUGGAGGGUCGAUGCUCUCUGCUCCUAUGACGCGCAUAUUUGAGUCUAUAACUUGCCAACGCUAUUACGAACAGCACGACAAGUCCAAAAUAGGCAAGGAUGGAUAUAUCCCAGAAGAGCUUUGCAAGAAUAAGGAAAUACAGAGGGAGGUGGCGAUCGUGAAAGGUUAUGGAGAGUUGUUUGAUGCCUUAUCUGGGGUCUUGCUCUCGAUGCCAUAUGGCCUGUUGGCGGAUAAGUACGGUCGGAAACCUGUAUUUUGCAUUUGCAUACCCGGCUUUGUCUUGAAUAUGAUUCUCACCGGCGUGAUCUUGUACGCGACGAACACUUUCCCCUUGCGUAUGGUUUGGCUAUCUACACUGGCUUGGUUGUUUGGUGGCGGGUUUGCUGUGGCUAGUACAAUGGUGUGGACAAUGAUGGCAGAUGUCACCGCUGAAUCCCAAAGGGCUGCACUUUUCUUCAAGUUCGGCGUCGCAAUAAUGGUGUCUGAAUUCAUUUCCUCCGUGGUCACUUCAUGUCUAAUGAAAUACAACCCCUGGAUCCCAAUGUGUAUCGGAUGGAGCCUUACCCUGAUUGGAAUUUUACCAGCAGUCGGGUUACCUGAAACGAAGGGGGCAUUUGCAUCGGAAAAGGAACACGCAGAUGAGUUUCCAGAGUCAAUACCGUUGAACUACGAACAUAACUCUCUCCCGCGUGAACAAUCCCAUGAACAAUCCCAUGCUCACAUCAGAUCUUAUGCCAAAGGAUCCCAUCUCCUCUCGAAACUCAACAGAAUGGCAUCCGAGUUCAGCUUCAUUUUCCAGGAUAAGCAUCUCAUGUUCCUCCUGUCCACAUUCCUCGUUUACAGACUGAGUCGCGGCACAUCGUGGCUGCUAAUCCAAUAUAUAUCGAAGCGUUACCACUGGACGCUCGCCAAUGCCAACUUUCUAAACUCCUUCAAAUAUAUCUUAACCGUAUUCCUCUUCCUCGUUGUCCUGCCUCUCUCCUCGUGGUACCUCACCUCUUGCCGACGCAUGCAUUUCCGACAAAAGGACCUCACCAUGUCGAAAGCCAGCGUCAUCCUGCUUCUCAUCGGUACCUUUAUCAUGGGCAUUUCACCCUCAAUAUCCCUUUUCAUUACCGGUCUUGUCGUCCAGACGCUUGGGAUUGGAUUUGUCUUCAUUAUUAGAUCCCUGGCCACAACAAUGGUACAUCGAGAUCAGACUGCACGGCUUUACACGGCGAUCGAAAUGUUACAGAGUAUCGGUGUGACGAUUGCGAGCCCAACAGUGACUAUGUUUUUUAAUUGGGGAUUGGAGAUGGGAGAUGGAUGGAUUGGGUUACCCUGGGUGGUAGCCUCUGGGCUCUUUGGAGCGACAGCUAUAUUGCUGUGGAUGUAUAGACUUCCUUCUCUUGCGAAGCAGUCUGUUGCUCUAAGCUCGAUUGCACUGUGA